AUGUCCAACUCGGCCAGAGACCAGGCCUUGGUGGCGACCUUUGGCUUCGGCGCUGUCGUGUGUGCCUCUCUAGGGACGGUAUUAUUUCAUCUCAGAGGAGGGGCUUUAUCGCUCUUUCGAGGCGGUCUGAGGCUGGUCCUCGCCGGUUUCCUUCUGUUCGCUUCUCUAUGGGCUGUCGAUGGCUUCGUUGCUACUUUUAUCGACAAAUCUUCCGCGUCAGGAUGUCAAAUCGCCGUUGCAUUUGCUGCCGCAUUCGACCAACUCGCCCGAAUCGUACUCGAAGAAUUUUUAUUCUGGGCGAUGAAAAGCGAUGCCCGAGCUACUUGUGGUGUCUUAUUUCCACAGGCUGUCUUCUUUCUUCGCUUCAUCAUUGGUGGCAUCUUUGUCGGUGUUCAACGACCACAGUUCGACCCAGUAUGUGUGGCCACGAAUCUGCUCUGGCCACUCGGCGUUGCGGUUCUGUGUACGGAUGCCUUCAUUGUCCUUACUCUUGUGACAAGAGCUUCUUCGGCCGGAGUCUUUCGAGACAUGAGAGCAGAAGGCCCUCUUGGGUCUCGAUCCAGGGGCAUAUCUUUGAUCAUUAUGGCCUUGGGACUUUGGAUUCCUCUUAGUGUUCCUAUGAUUCUAGGAAUCAGUUCGUUCGGUAUCGCUACUCGUACGGCCCUUCCCGCCGUUGGAGUGCUGCUCGUCAUAGGUGUCAUUGCGUUCUACUUCAAAAAUGUGAUUUUACCACUGAAGGCAGUGUCUCAGAAGACUGCACCGUUUCUCGACAAAUUUCCUGGUUUGUCCGAGGAUGUGCCUCCGCCGCCAAAAAGGGAGCUAAGAAAUCAGGAGGUGUCCACAAUCGACAGCUUCGGACAACCAAGGGAAUACUCACGGGAAGUUACAACUAGUGCACGAGAUGGCAACAAUCAGCUGCCAAUUAUUAGUCGCCCAAGUCCAGGUCAGGCAGCAGCUGGCGUUGGAGGGAUGCCAGUUAAGGGUGAACUUUUCCCACCUAUACGGGCCGGAUCGUUAUCAGCAAAGCAGGAGGAUCUCUUGGUGCAACCGACAAAAAAGGCGGUCAUCAAGGGCGGAAAACUGGUCAUAUCUUAUCCGAUAGUUCAAGAGGACAAACUCAGCGAGGCGAGUCCUUUGAGGCGGAUUGCAACUGUUGACUUGGCCACCGCUGCUAGGCAAGACAGAGAACGGAGAGUCAACCCUGCAGUACCUCUGCAGCCCAGCACGAAUAGGUAUAGUAGACAAGCUACUAAAGAAUUGCAGCGAAGGCAAGUUGGUGGAGAUUCUGCCACGAGACAAACUAGCGCAUCGACUUCGGAGCCUAUCGAGGAGCGUGCGUCACAAGCGGCAUCUUCGGCCGUGCUGUCGGGCCUUGUCACUCCCAGUGGUGGUGUUCGGCAGAGGUCACCGAAACAUAUUUCACAAUGCUUUCAAGAUACAUUCCCACCGGUUACUCCAGCCACGAAUGCUUCGAGGUCAAGAAGUAAAAGUCCCACUUCACGGAAUUCAGGUUCAGGGGUACCUUUAAAGCCGCCGCCCCGAUCGCCUCUACGACCCUUCCCUGAGAAGACCACCAGUGCAACUACCUUGCAAGGCCCAGGUAAACCGCUCGCCGAAAUGCUAGACCAGACCAAAGCUGAAGAGUUCAAGAGCUCUGCUGCUGCCCCCUCUUCGCAGCACACUUCGCAGACUCCUCCCUCAAGAAGCGAAAGCGUCUCUCGAAGAGAAUCCAUUGACUCCCCUAGCACGCCUAUGGACGUUCUUGUACCCCCAGUGCCUCCUCUUUCGCCAAGGGACCUUGACUCCAGCUCAUACUACCAGUUGGAAAGGAACUUAAGCAAUCAACACCGAAGAAGUGGGCCAUCAUCAAGCAUUCCUCGUAGCGGAUCGGUUAAAAAUAACAUUCGCCCAUCGAGGAAGAGGCCUAAAACGCCUCCACCAAUCGAUCAAGUGAAACCGUCGAAAACGCCGGUCCAGCUUCGAGAAACCACGGGGCUUCCCAGCCAUCCCAGAGCUCGGGCUGCAGGAACCUCUGCCAGUAAGAGCCGGGACCAAACGGUGAUGUUCGUCAACAGCAUCGACUACAAUGAUCCUAGCAGGGUUCGUGACAUCAUUGAUGAAAUAGCAACAGACUUGGCUGCAAAGGCAGAUUGGAGCAAUUCUGAUAGCAGAGAUUCAGUGGUCCAUCGACCACGACCAAUUCCUCGAAAGUCGCCCAUCACGCCAUCGGUUUUGGCAAAAGAAUCACCGAGUGUAGCAUCAACAAGUGAUCUGCUACCUCCGAAAAAGGAAGUGGAGGCGAGAUUGAAAGCCUCAGUUUUAACUGCAACGGCCGGAGAAAGUCCUAGCCAGCCGCCCCCUCUGCCUCCGCCGCCUCCAACUCCGAAGAGUGAACCUCUGGAACCAGCGAGGACCAAGACGUCCAUAUCUCGACCCAAAAAAGAUAACCCAGAGGUGAAGGAAUAUAUAACUCCAGUGGAUCAAACAGGCAUCGCUCUACCAUCGACUACAUUACGAACCCAGGCCUCUCAUGACCGACCUAGGUCAGAGAAAAACGUUAACGAUAAGAACACCGUUGCCAAUGUGACGCCUACAGAAUAUGUCGAGCCGUCUCCAUCCGGGAAACGCAAGGAAGACACGACCAGAUACAUGUCCAAGUUCAGCAUAGCCACAACUAUGAGCCCAGAAGAGCCGCCGUCUGCAUAUCUUCAAUCCCCAGCUUUCAAACUUCUUCGAUCGUUGCAAGAAGGAUUGAGACGAAGGUCAUCUCCUGUCCUUCCGGUAAAUGAUGCUCAGGAAUCAGCCACUCCUGCUUCAAUCGUGGUAGACCAACCAGGAGCCCAGUCAACUACACCGUCGUAUGCGAAGCAGUGUAUCAAACCACAAGAUCUGGCAGCUGGCUAUGUUUCCAAGUCUCUGGACGCUGAUCCUGUUGCUCUUGGAAUGCCUGCUAGAGUUAGCUAUGCUGAUAGUACGCUACCAAAUGAUGAGGACGACGGUAGAGAAAUGGUUACCUUCAUGCUUGACCGAAACACAUAUUAUUCAGCCAAUGCGGCAUCUACUACGUCGCCGCAAAAUAGUAUAUAUGGCGGCACCGAAGGCAAGAAAGGCUCAUGGCACUGUCGUGUGGGUGAAAAUCCGCCUACGUUCUCUAGCCGAGAAUCUAUGCAAUCUCGCCGUUUCCCUAAACCACCUCCGCUUGAACUUCACAGGAUUUUCAAACGUAUGAAAGGAUCGCCUCCUCAGCCUCCACCGCUCGAAACUCCCAAGCAGGCCAUUGACAAAAUUCAAGAGCAGCUGAAGAAAUUCAAAGACUCCAACGUGGAUGAUGAUGAUGCUGAACGUGAAAAACAGAGAAUGUCUCUCCUCAGAGACAUAGAGAUGGAGAUGGGAAUGGAAGAAAACCGAUGGCGGAAGAUGCGGGAUGAUCUAACUAGAGUGUCGGUCUUAACAAUUGGCUCAAAUCCAGGUUCUCCGUUUCCCCAUGCAGCAAGCCCUUCACCAUCACAAAACAUGCAGUUACCGGCGAUAAAUGUGGCCGAGAGUUCUCCAAAGAAUAAUAGUCCCUAUCUAUCAGUACGGGAAACGGACACGGGGCGGCCGCGAUCAUCUGUCCUUUACACAGCCGAUCAAGUGCAGAUGAGUCGUCCCAGGAGGGUGCCUGAUAGGUUCCAGGUGACUACCACAGAUAAUACAUCCGAGAUUUCGGAGCGGGCUGUCCGAGAAGGAGUCUCCAUCUCUACCAGGAACACCUCGCCAGUUGCGCCAUCAUCUCCCACGAAUAACGAAACAUAUUCAAGGUUCGAAAUUGGGAGUCGUGAGCAACGGCCAAACCAAAAAGGGGAGGUUGCACCCGCCAAAGGUGUUUUGUGGAAGUUAGACAACAUUAAUCGAACCCCCGAAAUCACGAAAUCACAGGUUGCCCUGUGGAAUUCCGCCUCUGACUCUGCAAUUCAGUCAAUUAGAUCGCGAUCUCCUGGCCCUAGGCCAGUAAGUCGCAAGCCCAGAGAAUCCUCUCCUGUGGAAGAAUCGGGACUCUGGGCCAGUCCACCAGAAAGCUUGAUACCGCAGGCCAGAUCUCCCAGCCUGUGGCGCGCAGCACUUCAAUCACCACCAUCAACACCAUCAUCCCAAGAAUCCGCCACUCGCCCGCGCACACUGAGGCCUCCACGCAAGAGUAGGCGAAUUUCUUCACUUCCAGACAUUUUGGAGAAUCCAGAGCCUCUAGAGAACAAUCGCAACGCCUUGGGUAUCUUUCGAUUCCCCUGGGGGGAAACUUCCGACGCAGCUACAGUGUAUACACCAUUUCAGAACCAGGCGUUCAUGCUGUCAGGCAAUAUGGGUGCAGGAUUCCCUCCGAUUCACCCGUCUCUGGAACUCCAGAUGCAGAUUUUGAGAUCCCAGCAACAGCCAUCCUCGUUCUUUGAGCACCACGACGAGGAAGAGGCCGUCGAAAACAUUUCCGAGGAUUCAGAUAACGAUAGUUUUGACGACGAUGACGACGAUUCCUUUGAUGAAACAACACUUUGGGAGAUUGCCAGCUUACUAAAAUCUGAUAGAGUUCCUUCCAGGGAGAGCUUGUUUCCCAACAAUGGCAAUAUUCUUCCUGGAUCGUUGACAACCCAGGGACCUACAGACCCCAUUAGACCAUCUUUCGUGCCGCCGGCACGGCAAGUUGCAGAGGAAGAGGAGCCAGACCACACUGAGAGCGAGCCAUCCCCCGUGCCACUGUUGCGUCGGGAAUCUUCGUCACCAACUCUCCCACCACCAGAAAUGACUCUAUGGGUCAACAACGUCCAAAUGCCUCAUAGUGCAGUAAACCAGGGACUUUUCCAGGAUGGUAAGGUAUGGGAUACCUAUGUUGAAAGCUAUAAACCCACCGCGCGCGCUCCUCUCAGGCAGACUAAGGCUCCAAAUAUCACCAGCAGCUCACUCUGGAGUCAGCCAGCGAUCAAUACUGGCUCACCUCCUAUUGCAUAUUUGUGGUCCGGCGAAUCCAAGUCGCGGCCCAUGGUAGAUGCCACCGUUGAAAUCAAAGAGAUAUCCCACCCAACUACCCCUGAGCCAGAAUUUCUAUGGUCAAUACCAAAGUCCACCCUAGACGAGAGUGUAUUUGGUCUGCCACAGCCAGAGCCAGAGCAUUGGGAUCAAUAUAAUGACCUCGCGUGGGAGGUUUGGCGUCCAAGGCCCCGAAAAGGCGGACACUUGAACAUCGAGAGCCAAUCUCUGUGGACACAAAGAAGACCUCAAGGAGAGCAAACAAACAAAAAGCCCGGAUUGGAAGGAACCACGCCGACAUCGCCUUCUGAUGGUACCAAUGAAGGGGACACUUCACCGACGGCCACAACUACAACAGGCCGACAGAUUGCUGCCGAUGACAUGACACCGUCAAUCGAAACGCCCAUCAACAGCCCAGAGUCGGAAGAGGAUGCCAUUUCCAUCAAGGAGCAGCCCACCUAUGAUGCAGGUAUUAUCAUUGGACCACAAGACGAUAUCGUAAUAUCCAGCCCUCUGGGUAACGAUCUAUGGGUCCCCAUUUCCACACUUCCCCUGGAUGAGGAGCACCAAGGCCUGUUCAAAGUCCAACAAGGCGGGCACCAACACGACAAGAAAUAUCGUAGAAGUUCAAAGCCCCCCGCAGCGCUGGAAACUCGUCCCACGCCGCGAUCAAGCCGUCGGUCUCUCCAAAAGCUUGAGUCACACACUCUCUGGGCACCGGCUACGCCACAAACCUUUGCUCAGGACUGGGUCACGCUCUCUUCCGUCCGGCCCAGCACUCCGCCCGGCCAGCUGUCUUCCGAGUCGGGCAGCGAAUCGCCCCUUUCGGAUACAUCCUCAGUCUAUUCCAACGUGACCGGUGAAUCCACCGUCGCCAGCUUCCUCACCGGCCAGGCCUCCGUGCAACCGAAGCCGCAUCCCGUCACAAACGCAGACUGGGUGGCUUCUCUCAAGGGAACGGAUCCUGCUACCCGGCCCCGGAACGAGACUGCAAGAUCGGUACCUAACUGGGCCGCAGCUCUGCACGAACCCCCACAAGGAGCUGCUCAACCAUCAACUGCAUCUGCUCCGCAGCCAGAACAAGAAGCACUGCAGUCAACAAACGAGGAGACCCAACCUGCCGUCACAGAGGCAAAUGCAGGAGAAGAAAUAUCGGCGCCAGAAAAACAACCAAAUCCUCUCAGCUCCCGCCGGGAAACCCAAAUAGGCGGCUUCGACCCUGCAAGACACCACCCCGUCUUCAACGUUUACAUCCUUGACACAUCAAACGGGGACGACUACCACCCCGCUGCCGAGGGUUACAUCCACACCCUAGUAAACAAGAACCCAGACUUGAUUCAGCGACAGGCCAGUACGAAUGAGAAGCAUUGUUCAGUUAAUGUGGGGAGCAAUUGA